UGUGGAGACAGAGAGAGAGGGAAGGGGAGCCGACCUUUGGUUGGGUGCCGCCAUUUUCUACCUUAAUGCAAUUACCUUUCCAGCGUCCGCCUCUGCAAGUUGGUGCUUUGAAUUUUGAUUUAUGACAGCUUUUAUGAAAUUGAAGAUGGUCAAAAGUUUAUCAGGGCCCGGAGAAACACAUAAAGUUUGCAGCUAAGAGAAAGAAACCUCAUGUUAAGGGGAAGCCAUCAAUGGCUGUUCUUGGCCUUAAGCUGUUCUGUCCAAUGCAAGCAUUGGGAGUUCAAUCAGCCCAUAUACAUAGUUGCCAACACCCGUCCUUAAUCAAGUGAAGCUUUAGGCAAGCUUGAUUCUAGGUAGCAGGAGCAGACUUGCAGUAAGCUCUACAUGAAUGUUUCGUUCAACUUUGCUGAUAACUAUAUGAAGUUUGUCUGCUGAAAACUAUAAAUUAAAAGUUCGAGCAACUGGAACGCUGGACCUGAAAGUUCAGGUUUUCCAGGUGAAGAAAAAGAUCACUUCAAAUUCGAAUUCAACGUUCCAAGAAAGAUGGAUUUUGGAAGCCCAGUGUCACCAAAUGACAACUUCAUCUGGCGAAUACCCGAUCUGAUUACACCAGUGUCAGAAAAGAGGCAGGGUUCCAUGUUUGAGCCCCAGGUAGAUAUAACUGGACCACUGGACAGCACACGUUACCUGGUCCGCAGCAACAUCUCAAGGCAGCAGGGGCUGCAGGAGGCACCGGAAAAGAAGCUUACUCUCCUUGCACUCCGGCUAGCUUUAUUUGAGAAAACGGCUAGCGGGCUUGGUGCUCUUGGUUUCAUCUGGGCCACUGUCGUCCUCCUUGGUGGCUUCGCGUCCACCAUUGAAUCCACAGACUUCUGGUUCGUGACCAUAAUUCUCUUGAUUGAAGGUGGUCGGCUUUACAGCAGGAGCCAUGAGCUAGAAUGGCAGCAUGAAUCUAAAUGGUCUCUUUCUGAAGCUGGGAAACGGAGUUUCAGAGCCCUCAGAUCAAGGUCCAAGAACUUGAUUCACAAGAUCAAGGGGCUACAACCGGUGACUUCUUCUCUGCCGUCCUACAGCAGAAAGCCAAGGAUCACCCGCUCUAAUACAGCAGCAAUGCCUGAUGACCAAAAUCCUGAAAGGACAUGGUCAACUUCUGAGGUCCCUCUGGUCCCAUAUGCAGGCUGGUUUCUUGCUUCUAGAAAUAUAAGUAAAUUGCUUUACUGGUUCCAGCUAGCUGCAGCUGCUUCAUCUGUGGCGCUUUCAGCAUCGAGGCUACACAAAGCAAAUUUUGUUAGGAAAGGUGAAGAAAUUCAAAAUGAGAAGGCAGCGUUGAUUAUAUUCUAUGCUCUUGCACUAGCGGAAGCUUUUGUAUUCCUGUUGGAGAAAGCCUAUUGGGAGUGGAAGGUCAGGUUCAUGAAAUCUAUCGAGCAAGUAAACAAAGAGUGUGGCUUCGACGACGCCGGCAUUGGAUGGAUCCGUCGGUUCUUCUAUGACUCGUAUUCGAGAUGUCUGAAUGGUAGCAUAUUCGAUGGCCUGAAAAUGGACUUGCUGUCCUUUGCUGCAGAGCUCCUGCAGUCUGAUUCAGUUUUGGAGCAGUUAACUGGUGCUCGCAUGCUCAUGGCGUUUACUGUUAGUGACCGAUUUGCGGCAGACGCCUUCCGUAGAAUCGGCACUUCGGCGGAAGUAAUGGAGAGACUCGUUGAGAUGCUGAGUUGGAGGAGCCACAGAGAGAUGGAAAUCAGGAUGUUGGCAGCCAUAAUUGUAUCAAAAAUCACCGGAAAAAAACAGAACUCACUGCGUGUUGCUGGAAUUCCUGGUGCCAUUGAAUCCAUAUCAUCCCUACUGCAAUCAACCAGCACCAGCCUUUCAGAUGAUGGGGUCCAGCAGAAACAGGUAGCCGUGGAUGAGACAAACUAUGACCAUUAUCCAUUUAAUCUCAUAGGACUGCUGAUACUGAAAAAGCUUGCAAACGAGCAUGACAACUGUGGAAAGAUCGGCAGUGCCAGAGGCUUACUAACAAAAAUUGUUGAUUUCACUCACACUGGAGAGAGGAUGCUCAGGAACAACAAUGUCGCGGAGUCACAGCUAAUGAGAGCGAGACGUGCGCUGAAACUAGUUAGGAAAUUGGCAGCCACAACAGGUAGCACUGGAGUUGUUUUGAGGCAGGAAAUUUCAUGCAUAGUUUUCAGUAUCAGCUACCUGAGAGAUAUUCUGCAGUAUGGGGAGCGCCAUAAUGACCUUCAGCUUUUAGCAAUAGAUAUUCUAACAAGCAUGGCUCUAGAUAAAGAUGCAAAAGAGAAAAUUGGGAGCACAGGGGGGAUGAUAAGCCUACUGUUUGGUAUUUUCCUUAAUGGUGAAAUACUUGAAAAUGAUGGAAAUCUAAGGGUCAGUGCAGGAGGAGCACUGGCAAUGCUGGCACUGGAGGAUCAGCAGAAUUGUGAGAGGAUGCUGAAAUUGGAUGUGAUCGGAAAACUAGUUGUAGGGCUCAACGACAAGUCUCUGUCCAUAAACUCGGCCAGAAUUUUGAGAAACUUGUGUGCAUAUAUAGGAUCAGACUGUCAGCACAAGAUGACACAGGUUACAGAAGCUGCAGACUUUGUUCUGAGGGCUAUCAUGUCGGAAGAACCAAAAACUCAAGAAGUUGCAAUAGGACUUGCAGCCCAAGUUUUCAGAUUUACAGAUGCCUUGCAGUUUCACAGAGCACUCUCACAUGCAAGCAUAAGGAAAACAGAGCUGCCAGCAAAAUUGGUGCAAAUUUUGCGGAACUAUCCAAGACCCUCAGUCAUGGUUCCAAGGAUCAGAAGGUUUGUUGUUGAAUUGGUGAUAACGAUGAUGAGAGCAGAGAAAGGAACAAGAACAAUAUUCAAGACAUUUCAGCUGGCAAAUGAGCUCAAUUGUGUUGCGGCGACUACUUCUGAACUUGAAUGCUUCAGUGUUUUCUCAGGAACUGUUGGCUUGAGCCGUCAUGGAACCUCUCUCCAUUCACUCUUGGAUGAGGCACAUGAAUUGCUAAAUGCUGCUUAACUAUCAGCGUGCAAAAUGCACGGAGCAGAAGUAACGGAUGGUUUGCUGAAGGGUGAAAAACUUUAGACUGCAGACCAAGAACACAUCCCACUCUGUUGUAUCAUUAUAUUAUUCCUGGUUUAGAUUUGCUUUGCAAUUUGUUGCAUCAUUAUGCAAUUCCUGGUUUCGAUUUGCUUA